ACACAAAAACAGUCAGGCAGGCAACAUAGAUAGACAGCCACUGUUGCACAGAGAGAAGGUAAACACUAAAGAGAGGUGGGUUAAAAAAAGAAGAAGAAAGAAAAAGAACAAUAAGAACAAGAGACGUUGUUUGUUUUGCAGGCCGGAGUAAUGGAGAUAUGUAGUACAGUGAUGUUGGGAGGCCUGCUGUUGGUUCUACUGUGGUUGUUCAUGAUGAGGAGGAAGAGACACGUCCGUCUACCUCCCGGACCACGCGGCCUGCCGCUGAUAGGCAACCUGCUUCAGAUGGACAAACAGGCCCCCUACAAGAGCUUUGUCAAGUGGAGUGGUGUUUAUGGGCCAGUGAUGACAGUGUAUCUGGGGCCCCAGCGGGCCGUGGUGCUGGUGGGGUACGAGGCGGUCAAGGAGGCUCUGGUGGACCAGGCUGAGGACUUCACAGGACGAGCUCCCAUCCCCUUCCUGGUCCGAGCUACCAAGGGAUAUGGCCUGGUCAUCAGUAACGGGGAGCGUUGGCGCCAGCUGCGUCGUUUCACUCUGACCACGCUAAGAGACUUUGGGAUGGGCCGUAAGAGGAUGGAGGAGUGGAUACAGGAGGAGAGCCAAUACCUCAUAGACAGUCUGGACGGCACUAAAGCCAUGCCCUUUGACCCCCAGCCCUUCCUGAGUCGAACCGUGUCCAACGUCAUCUGCUCCCUGGUGUUCGGCCAGCGCUUCGGCUACGAGGACGACAAAUUCUUGCGCUUGCUCAACAUCCUCACGAACUUACUGCGCUUUGGAAGCACCGCCUGGGGACAGCUCUACAACAUCUUCCCCUGGCUGAUGGAACGCCUGCCUGGUCGGCAGCAUGUCAUGUUCAGCCAGGUGGACGAGGUGAGAAGCUUUGUGAUGAAGAAGAUCCACAAGCACCAGGAGACCAUAGACCCAGGCAUCCCUAGAGACUUCAUAGACUGUUUCCUCACCAGACUCAACCAGGAGAAGGAUGUGUCCUCCUCUGAGUUCCAUUAUGAGAACCUGGUGUCCACAGUGUUAAACCUCUUCCUGGCAGGAACAGAGACCACCAGCACCACUAUCAGAUAUGCCCUCGUGCUUCUCAUCAAAUACCCUGACAUACAGGAGCACGUGCAGCAGGAGAUCGACACAGUGAUUGGUCGACACCGCGUCCCUCGAGUGGAGGACAGGAAGUCUCUCCCCUUCACAGACGCUGUCAUCCACGAGGUGCAUCGAUUCCUGGACCUCGUCCCGCUCAACCUCCCACACUACGCUACCAAGAAUAUCUCAUUCAGAGGGUACACUAUCCCUCAGGGCACCGUGAUCCUUCCCAUGCUGCACUCUGUUCUGCGAGACAAGGACCACUGGGCCACGCCAACAACCUUCAACCCCAAUCACUUCCUAGAUAUGAGCGGAAACUUCCAGAAGAACCCUGCUUUCUUGGCGUUCUCUGCAGGUAAGCGUGCCUGUGUGGGGGAAUCUCUGGCUCGUAUGGAGAUCUUUCUUUUCCUGGUGUCUCUGCUGCAGCGUUUCUCCUUCUCCUGCCCUGGAGGACCUGACAGCAUCGACCUCAGCCCAGAGUCUAGCAGCUUCGGUAACAUGCCGCGCCGUUACCAGCUCAUAUCUACCCCCCGCUGACCAAGAGGGGAACUGCAGCUGCACCACAGGAGGAAAACUCAGGAGGAGGAGGUGUAGAGAUGAGGGACAGGUGUUUUGACCAGAUAGUAAUGCAAUGGAUGCUGAGGAUUCAGGCUAGUGUAAUCUGAUGAGUUGGAGGCUGAUCCAGGUAGCAGUGUAUCUUUCACUUGAUCAGUUUCUUUGUGUCUAAGCAAUGAAAUGUGAACCAAAUAAAAAGUUACUAAAUGUUCA